UUCCUACAGUCUGAGACAUGAGCUUAUCACUUGUCUUUUAACUAUAUAAACCAGUAUUGUCUCCCUUGUUUUCACUGGUACCACAAUGGCCUUCUUUCUACGUCUGGCUCUGUGGGCGUCUUUAGCUUUCUGGUCAGCUUCAGAACUUGCGCUUGAUGUCCAGCCCAGCGUUAUAUCACCAGAGAUAACAAGACAACUUGUGAUCAACUGUUCUAUAACCAACAACGAAGUUCAACAUCUUCGUGUUCUUAAAUCUCUAACUCUUUCUCGUUAUAAUGAGACAAAUAGAGAGUUUGAAGAUCUUUUUCUAUUAAACACUUCGACACUGAUUCUUAAGCAACAAUCAAAUCUAAGAGUUUCAUAAAUCAGUUACGGAAAUACGCAUAUAACCUUAACUUUAUAUAAUCCAUCUCAGUUUGACGCUAAAGUCUAUAGAUGUAAUGUCACCGGAGACACUGAAGAAGGGACGAAUAUUUCUUUGUAUGCUAAGAAGGCAGUAGAAUAUGAAACAAACUCGACCGCUUUAAUUGAAGAGAUACGACGUUAUAAGAAAAAUGAGAACUUUCAAUGUUCUUUGAAGAAAGAUGAGAACUCUGAUGUUAAUCAAAGAUCAAGACUUCAUUUUUACGGAAGUUCUGAAAUUAUUAAAGAACUAAUUGAGCCUUUGACAGUAAAAUGUUUAUAUAAGACUUUAAUUCAAGGUCAAAAUGAAAUGUCUGCACUUCAAUCUUUGUAUAUACUUCAUGAGACUAAUGGUGUCAUUGCAUAUAUAAAUAAACAACAACCCGCUAUUACAACCAUCCAAGAAAGUAAUUUGAAAAAUGUUGAAGGUGAAAUCUUUGACAACGAAUCAAAAGAUUCCUAUAUUCAAGUCACAUGGAACGAUUUGAAACAUUCAGAAUCUGGAAAAUAUUUUUGUGAAGCUCAUAUCAAUAAUCCAGAUGGAAUAUUUAAAAAGCUUAAUGAAAUUAUUACAAUAAUAGUACAAAGUCCAACCCCUGAUGAUUUAAUCAAAGUAAUUAAAAUACUACUAAGAAAUUCUAGAGUAGACAAAGAAAGUCUCAUAGGCAAUAAACAGGAAUUAAAGACUAUUAAAGAAGAUUUGGAUAUUAACAUACGCAAUAUUACAAGCAUUAAAAAGGAUUUGAAUGCUAAACAAGAAAAUAUUACAAGAAUUAAUGAAGAUUUAAAUACUAAGCAACAAAAUAUUACGUGUCUUAAAGAUGAUAUAAAAUCUACUAAACAAGAUAUUGUAAGCAUUAAGAAAGUUUUGGAUACUAUGCAAGAAAAUAUGAAGAGCCUUAAUGAGGACUUCAACACUAACAUACAAAAUAUUGCAAGCAUCAAAAAAGAUAUGAACACUUACAAAGAAAACAUUUUAAGAAUUGAAACAGAUUUGGAUAGUAAUAAACAAAACAUUUUAAGUAUUAGGAGAGAAGCGGACACUAAUAAACAAGACAUUAUAAGACUUAAAGAAGAUCUGGACACUAAACAACAAAAUAUGUUAAGUAUUAGAGAAAAUGUUAAUACAAAUAAACACAACAUGAGCAUCUUUCAAGAGAAUCUGACCAUGAUGGUAGCUAAUUUAUCAACAGAAUUAAAAAAAGUACAAGACCAGAUUCACAAAGUCAACAAAUUACUUCAGUUUUUACCUGAGCCACCCACGUCAUGUCGUAACGUUAGCAGUCCUCAAGCCCGUGCCAUUGUGACGUUAUCUUCCGGGCUAGAAGUCAUGUGUGAUACCAAGACAGACGGUGGUAGAUGGAUCCUCAUUCAGAGAAGAAUCAACGGAAAAGUAGAUUUCUAUAGAGGCUGGAAGGAGUAUCGUGACGGCUUUGGAGAUUACAACAUUGGGGAAUUUUACCUGGGGAAUGAACAUAUUUUUAAUUUAACUUCUACUAGACAAUAUGAUUUAAGAAUAGAUUUAGAAUAUAACAACAAGACAUACUUUGCGCAGUACGAAAACUUUAAAGUAUUGAGUGAGACAGAGAACUAUAAACUACAGAUAGGAAAAUAUUCAGGGAAUGCUACUGAUAGUUUAUCAAUUCAUAACAACAUGUUCUUUAGUACUUUUGAUAGAGAUAAUGACAAGUACAGUGGGAACUGUGCAGUAAUAUAUUUAGGUGCCUGGUGGUACAAUAAGUGUCAUGAUUCCAAUCUUAACGGGAAAUGGGGUAGUACAUCUUCUGGCGUUGGACUAAACUGGUAUCGUCUAACUAAAUAUCAUAUUAGUGUUUCUUUUAGCGAGAUGAAAAUAAAAGAAAGAGAAUAAAACUUAUGCUUUGAUAAAUUCAAAGUCUUGACCUACACUCAAAAGAAAAAAAAAGUAUUGCUUCAUUUGUUGUGUUAUUGUAUUUUACUAUUUAUUUUUAAUUAAAUAUUUUGAUGAUUUGUAACUCAACUGAGGGGCUUAGUUGUAAUGAUUAUACUUAUUUUACAUUGAAAGUUUUUUGUUUUGUUUUGUUUUGUUUAUUACUAAACGUAAUAAAUCUUUAUUUGUUUAGGAUGUUUGAAGUUGUACGAGUCCAUUAAAGAUACUUAAAUAAA